UUAUUGUAUUUGUGUUAAUUAUGAGAUUCGAGAUGAACCGUGGAGCCGCAGCCCGCAGGACAAAUGUUCUCAGCUCGGGUCCACUGCGCCCUGAUCCUCGCUGUGUUUGCUGCCGACAGAAAGCUUCCGUUUAAAAUAAAACAAUCAUCGGUAUCUCGGUGUUUUUACACCGAGCCCCUGGACGAACAUUUGGGGCAGGUUGUGAGCAGGUUUUGUUGGAGCUCUGGAGCAUUUUUAACCAUUUUAGGGGAGAAAUUAGUGGGAAAACACGGUGAUCGACGCCGCUCACCGCGGCGAACAUGCGACGUUUAUGAGCUCCGUGGACAGAACGCCCCGAUCCCCGGAGCUCUGCGAACCUCCGAGUUGAAGACACACACGUUCGGUGUCGGUUGCCGCCGCUGUCGACACUCGGCUCCUCUUCCACGGUGAUUUUUCGGCGUUUUAUCGGUGAGAAGAAAACACAAGUAUCCGGUGUUGACGCCACACAGAGCCGCGGCGGGCAGAGUUGAGUCUCCACGGUUCUCAUGUUGUGUUUAAGUACGGCCUCCUGCAGCAGGACUUCAUCACUCUGAGACUCAGCAGCAGAAUCAUGACGGAAGAAGUUCCAGUUUCGGCUUUGGCCAAGACCGUGAAGAGAGCGGCGAGCAAGCCCAAGAAGACGGGACCCAGGCUCCGCGACCUCAUCGUCAAGGUCCUGUCCGAGUCCACUUCGCGGGGCGGCAUGUCGCUGGCCGGCCUGAAGAAGGGCCUGAAGGGCCUGGGCUACGACACGGAUAAGAACAAGGCCCGCAUCAGGAUCACCGUCAGGACCCUCGUCGACAAGGAGGUCCUGAUCCAGAUCAAGGGAACCGGCGCCUCCGGCUCCUUCAGGCUGAACAAGAAGGUCGACACCAAGGCCAAGAAAGCGGUCGCUAAGAAGGCUCCGCUCAAAGCCAAGAAGGUCGUCGCCAAGAAAAGUCCGGCGGCCAAGAAGCCCGCCACCCCCGCGAAGAAGUCCGCGGCCGCCAAGAAGUCCGCGAAGAAGGUGAAGAAAGCUGUGGCCAAGAGCCCCAAGAAGGCCGCGAAGAGCCCGAGGAAAGCCGCCAAGAGCCCGAAGAAAGCCCCGGUGAAGAAAGCGCCGGCUAAGAAGGCUCCGGCUAAGAAAGCUCCAGCCAAGAGGGUGGCGAAGCCCAAACCGUCCAAGAAGACCGCGAGCAAGAAGAAGUGAGAAGUGACCGAACACACUCGAGACAACCCGAACCAAAGGCUCUUUUAAGAGCCACACACCCGAGCCCAGAGAGCCCGUCCUGUACUUGUACUGAUAAUAAUA